CCGUCGCUCAUCGUCAUCGAUCAAGCAAUCAGCGCAGCUCGAAGACUAGGCGGCGAGUCUUUUGCCGGAUUCGAGGUUUCUAUCUCGGCAAUGGCGCCGUCAGUCUCCGUCGGCGUUGCGACGCCGUCCCAAAGGAAGGGCGCGGGCGUCGCCGCGGAGGAGGCGGAGCUCCUGCGGCGGCGGAACGCGGAGCUGGAGCGGGAGGUGGCGGCGCUGCGCGCGGAGCUGGGCGCGGCGCGGCGGCGCGCGGAGACGGCCGAGGAGGCCGAGGAGCGGCUGUGCGUGCAGCUGGGCGAGGCCGAGGUGGAGGCCGUCGAGAUCGCGCGCGCCUACCAGGGCCGCGUCGAGGAGCUCGCCAGGGAGCUCGCCGCCGCGCGCGGGGCCGCCGCGGCCAGAUCAUCCUAGCUAGCAGCCGCAGCCGCAGCCUGGGGCGCCAUUGAUUGGCUUCUCUUGGAUUCGUAGAUUCUUUAGCAAACGAACAGAGCAGGUCGCAUGCGCUGUAGAACGAAAUCAAAUGUAGAGUUGAGUAAAAAUUUUAGAAAUCAAACGGGAUUGGAUUUUACUUCUUCCGA